AUGGCCUGCCACAAGUGUGCCGGGGUGGGCACGGUGGAGUUGCGAUGCGAGACGCCGGAAGGUGAGCAAGUCAACCUUCUUCGUGAGGUUGCCUAUGUUCCGGGUGUGGCGGAGAACCUCUUCUCCGUCAAGAAAGCCACCGCGGUAGGAGCCGAGGUUGUGUUCCGUGGGAAGGUGUGCGAGGUUUCCACAGAUGUAGAGGUUGUACUUCGAGCGGAGGAGAAUGCGGAGAGCAUGUCUGUGGUUUGCCAACCAAAGCCCACGUGGGAGGACACGUGCUUGCUCGUGAGGGAAGCGGAGAGCCCGGUGUUGUGGCACCGCAGGUUGGGGCACGCCGGGUACAAAAGCCUAGCCAAGAUGGUUGAGGGGAACUCGGUCCGGGGUGGUGGAGUCAAAGCGGAGGCAUUCCGGAACAGAAAAACGUCGGUGUGUGAGCCUUGCAUCAUCGGAAAGCACACGGGCCGUGAGCCCCUCCCCAAGGAGUCGGACUCCAAGGAUAGCAAGAACUCCUACAGGUCGUGCAAAUGGACAUGUGCGGGCCCAUGCCGGUGA